GACAAACUAGCAUAUACUACACAGAAUAGCAUAUUAGCAAGCAAAAUCCCAGAAAAAAAAAUAUUAGCAAGCAAAAUCCCAGAUGGCCUCUCUAACAAUCUUCAACUCAGAAUCCGAUGAAGACACUUGGGUCGUCCAAAUGAAUCAGUUGGUGAGUGAAACCAACCUCUCAAUCUUGAACAAAAUGCCUGUUUGCAUAUACCAAGUCCCAAAAUCUUUGAGUUGUGGAAAACCAGAAGCCUUUGCCCCACAACUUAUAGCCAUUGGUCCAUACAACCACUUUCGCCCUGAUCUCUAUCCCAUGGAAAGGUUCAAGAUUUUUGCUGCCAAAAGGGUCCUCGACCACUUCAACAAACAUGACCUCAAAACCCUAGUUGAGCAACUUCGCAACACGGGACCCUUCAUCCGUGCUUGUUACCACAAAUACUUGGACCUCAAGGAAGAUACCUUGUUAUACACCAUGGCUCUUGAUGGUUUGUUCUUAUUGGAUUUCUACCACAAUUAUCUGGAUGAGAAAGUAUCUAGUUCUUCCAUGACAGGACUAGAAGAACAAGUUCAGAUAAGUGGUGUGAAGCUAACCAAAGAUGCCAUCAUAAGGGACAUGAUAAUGGUGGAGAACCAAAUUCCAACCUACAUGUUGCUGAGGAUCUUGGUGCUUGAAAGCUCCAAACCUGUUGAUUCAGUUCAAGAACACUUGGGUUCAAUGCUCUUGUCAUUCUGUGCUGAACACUCUCCACUCAAGUUAACUCACACCCCCACAUGCUCUGAGGCUGUCACAAAGCAUUACCAUAUAUUGGAUCUCAUGUACCAUUUGGUAGUCCCUCAGAAUGAAAACUCUGAAACAUCAAUACCUGAUCAAACCGAAGAUAUGUGCAAGCCACAUAGUAAUUUCUCUAACACUGCUAUAAGAAGCUCGAAACCUGAAGAGAUUGUCAUUUUCUUGAAGAAAGUUAAAGGUAUAUUAAGAUUGACACUUGGCACUCUCAAAAGGCUAAAGGACAUGAAUGUUCCUCUUCCUCAACCCAUUAGAAGAACCCUAGAUGCAAUACUCAACAUGUCAAAUUUUCAAAAAUUUUCAUCAGAAACAACGCUGCCUUCUGAAACAGAAGCUCCUGUGGUUGUCACCAUCCCUUCUGUGCGUGAGCUUUACUCAGUUGGGAUCCAUUUUCAGCCCUCGAAAGGUGGCAUCAUGGCCAUUGAAUUCGACGAGAAAAAGGGCAUAUUUUACCUCCCAGUGCUUAAAUUGGAUGUGAACUCCGAAGUGAUAAUGAGAAACCUUGUGGCUCACGAGGCCUUGACCAAACCAGACUUUCUCAUCUUCACAAGGUACACAGAAUUGAUGCGUGGAAUUAUAGACACUGUGGACGAUGUGAAGCUUCUCAAGAAUGCAGGGAUCAUAGAAUCAAGUAGUUCUCUCAGCGUGGAAGAAAGUGAGGAACUGUUCAAUGGAAUGAGCAAAUCCAUCGGACCCACCAAGACUGAGAAAUUGGAUGAAACUAUUAAGAAAGUCAACAAGUACGUCCAUGAUAAGCAGAAGGGUAAGCCGUACGGGAUCUUAACCAAUUAUGUGUACUCUUCAUGGAAGCUCUUGACACUUCUUGCCACCUUUGUGCUCCUGGCCAUGACAGCUCUUCAAACAUUUUGCACUGUUUAUGAUUGUCCGAGUCAUUUUAGGUACAAUUAAAUGAUUUUUCAUAUCGUUUUUCCUUUUACAAAUUUAGUUAAAAAAUUACGUAAUGUAUACUUUUGGGUGUGUAAAAGUUGGGAGUGAGAGGAUGAAAAAGAAGUAAAAUGAAUGAUAGUGAUUUAGAAUGUAUAAUUUAUUUGUUAAAGAAAAAUAUAUCAUAUGUCAUAUUUUUAUAGUGUUUGUAAU